CGUAGCAACGGCUAGGGAAUGGAUCAUUGAGUAGCAGCAACAUUCCUCUAAACUGGAUUGAAUUACUCAUAAAGCAAAUACGCCUUUAAUUUUUCAGGUUACGAACUGAAAACCUGAUGGCGGCAGUCAACCCGUCGGUGUUUCUUCUCACGGUGAACGGACAAAUUGAGGGAGCAAACUUUCCAGAGUAUGACAACUUGUAUUGCAAGUAUUGUUUUGUCUACGGCCACGACUGGGCUCCCACCGCGGGUUUGGAGGAAGGCAUCACUCAGAUAACAUGUAAAGGCAGUCAGUCCUCACACAAAUUAAUAUGGAACUUCCCACUGGAGACAACGUUUAAGAGCACAAAUCCCUCUGGAUGGCCUCAGCUUGUGGUGAGUGUGUACGGUCCAGAUGUGUUUGGCAAUGAUGUGGUCAGGGGCUAUGGAGCAACACACAUCCCCUUCACACCUGGACAACAUACACGAACCAUCCCCAUGUUUGUUCCCGAGCCCACGUGGAGACUUCAGAAAUUCACGAGCUGGCUGUUGGGACGGCGGCCAGAGUACACAGACCCUAAAGUAGUGGCCCAGGGUGAAGGCAGAGAAGUGACGCGGGUUCGUUCCCAAGGCUUCGUCACUGUUUCCUUUCACAUUAUGACUAAAGACAUGAAGAAACUGGGCUACGACACAGGACCAUCAGGACCUGCGAACACACCGUCUUCCACAUCUGGCUGGUCGACAGAGGAACAACCAUAAAACAUGUACUAACAUAAGCCAAAAUGAAAGCACAACACUAAUGUUACAUAUAAAAGGACUCGUUUACUUCCAGUUAGUGUGAAAUUCCCAAAACUGUUACGCCACUGUCACUUUAAGUGGCAUGAAUGCAGGGGGUCACUCUCAUCUGUCAGAACACACUCAAACACUCAUGUAUCUUGUGUUUUUUUAGUAAAAAUGUGUAAAAAUUAAAUGAGAUUUUAUUUGAUUUAUUCAAAUUUAAGCAGUUUCUUAUAUUGUCUUUCAGUUUUACUAUAUUUUUUACUUUUGUAAAUAAACAGACUUUACCUCUGAAUUGUUUGCGUUUUAAUGUUCUGAGCAUAUGUAAAUAAAAACAUACAUCACUGUGGUUAUUCAGACGCAUAUUGAAAUACACUCUACCCAAAGUCUCAUGAGAAAAUAUCUUGUUUGGACAUUGGUUGGUUAAAAGAAAAACAAGGACACACACUUGAAUUACAGAGCUGAAGUGAUACACAUUUUAUUUUGAACCAAUGCAGCUACAGUUGUCCUCAUCCAACAGGGUGCGGCCUGCUGCGUUCGUUUAGAUGCCGUUAAAAUACCACGGUGACUUUUCCUACAAAAACCCAUUACACAGAAUAAUAAGGUAUACAGAGGAACAGUAUGUUACAAUAGUACAAAUGAUAAAUUAUAUUAUACAGUUAUAAUGCCAACAGGUUGAGCAUGUAUCCAAUAAAAAAAAAAAAAAAAAAAAAA